AUGUUCAAGGCCCUCAUGGGCGGGGGCCGGUCCUCCGACGCCCGCAGUACCACCAGCUCCAGCUCCAAGAGCCGUCGCAAGUCCGAUUCCAAGUCUUCACAUAGCCGCAAAUCCUCACGGGGUGACGACCGUGACCGCGGCUUGGGUGACUUGUCGGCCUACGAGCCCUCGGCUACUGGCAGCAAGCGCGGAACGUCCAGUGUGGCUGGCGACUCUGUCGCAUCCACCUACGUGACGGCCGAACCCGAAGAGAUUGAUACCUACCCUUCAAUCGUUGAGCGAACACCAAAGCGCAAAGAUAGCGACAGGGAGAACACUCGUUCCCGCCGGCACGACCGAGACCGAUCAGAAAGCAGAGACCGCGACAAGAGGAAGAGCCGCCGAAGCACCGGGGACGGAGAUGAUGACUGGGAGCGUGAGCGCGACCGUCGCGAGCGCAGGCGCACGCAGUCUGGAGAUCACAACAUGCUGCCUGUCUCCAAGUCCAUGCCGUCCAGUGCUCCAGGCGCCCAGUUUGCCGCUGAUAUUGCGGCGCCGGGCUUUUCGCAAUUCCCCAUGCAAUACGACAAUUCGAUGGCCCCGGAAUUUUCGCCCGGUCAUGUCUCUUCACCAUCGCCGUAUGAUCCUCACGUCCAGCAGCAAUUCCCCGGUCAGUUCCCAUCUGAGACCGCGAAACCUUUCCUACCUCAUAAUCCCGCCGGCGCCGCGGCGGACUACUACGGAGACCAAGGCCAAUCUGUUGCAGAGCAACCAGGUGUCCGACCGCAGAAACCACUGGUGAACAGUCAGGAACACCUGAUGGCGGCAUCGCCGUCGGCCAAUCCUCCUCCCGAGCCAAGCAGUCUUGGCCAGGUUGGUGCGGCGGCCGCGUACUUUCACGAUGCUGAACCCGUUCAGUCCCAAGGCAAGCCGUCAUCGGGAUCAUCCUCCAAGCCCCCAAAGCCUGGAAAGCCUGGAAAGCCCGGCAGGCUAUCAAAACCCUCAAAGCCCAGCAAGCCUUCCUCUUCGAGUGCUAUUCCGGCCGCAGCGGCGGCGGCGGGAGCUGCUACAUAUGGCAUUGGAAAUGCUAUGAUGUCCCACGAGGAGUCACAAUAUUCAUCGACAAGCGCAUACCAGUCCCACUCAUACUCGCAACCGGCUGUCCCAAGUACAAGCAAGCCUCCCCAUUCCUAUGGUAUCGGUACUGGUAUCGGCACUGGUAUCGGUGUCGCGGCAGCUGGCGCAGCGGCGGGCUAUAUGCUCGGCCAUCACGAUCACCCCGAGAGCACUGGAAAGCCCUCACAAUACAAUAUCCAGAACUACGAACAGUCAUCUCAAUCUGGUGUACCACCCUACGCAUCUGGUAGCAAUAAUGCGAUUAUGGCUGCCGGAGGAGCAGGCUAUGCAGCUCAUGUUGCACAUGCUGCCCAUCGUCCUGGCUAUUAUCCGGGCAGCCUUACGAUGAAUCAUCGCCACCGCGGCCCUCUGUCCAAGUUUGUGGACUUUUGGCGUGAUCCAGAGGGCGUUGGUCGAUUCGAAGAUUACACGGAGACAAUUGGCGUGUGCAAGUAUUGUUUCGACCCUCACACGACCUCCGUCGACGCGCCUCGCAAGCACCAUUACCACGGGCGCCGUCAUUCUGCUGACCGCUACAGUAGCAGCAGUAAUUCCCGAGUGAACAAGCUCAGCCGAUACCAUUCGUCGGAAGACGAGAGGGGUCGCCGAAAGAAAUCAAAGAAGUCCUCUUCGUGGUUGCCCGGAAUGCUGGCUGGCUAUGCGGCGAAGUCGAUUUUUGCUGGCAAAGACUUUGAUGAUUCUUACAGUGUUCGCUCUGGCCAGCCGUCUGGCGAUCGUACAUCUUCACAUAAUGAUACUAUGAGCUAUACUUCUCGCGGCGUUGUUCGCCGAUCUGAUCGAAACUCGUCGAGAGAAUACUAUUACAAUGACAAGAAAUCUCAACGCAAUCGCUCUCGUUCGCGAUCCUCAUCUCGAUCCGGGCGCCAUUCGUCGUUUGUGAAGGAGGCGGCCUUGGGUGCGGCAGUAGGUGGUGCCGCGCUGGCAAUCUCCAAAUCGCACCAGCGAGACCGCAGUCGAUCUCCCUCGCGAGUCCAACGCCGGAAAGAAUCUUCAUCUAGCUCCUCCUUUGUGGAUGUAUCCCGACCUGCUGCCAAGUCUGUUGGAGGAUUUACCUCCUUCUUCACCUCUUCCUCUGAGAACCGCCGGAAGACGCGCAGUAAGCGGGCGAAGAGCUUUUUCUCUUUCCGCAGCUCCUCUUCUUCCUCGCUCGACAAUGACCUGGCCUUUGGUGAUGGAUUUACGAAAAAAUCUUCCAAAGACAAGAAGACGGAGAAGAAGAAGGGCAAGAAGGGAGAAGAUGUGGAUGCUGCGCUCCUUGGGCUAGGGGCAACGGCAGCUGCUCUUGCUGCUUCUCAUUCUCAUGGCCGUAGUCGCAGCACGGGUCAGAUUCUUACUGCCAGAGAAGCUCGAUCUCGCCAUUCCAAUAACGCUUCUUCCGUCAACGAAGAUGACGAAUGGGUGGAUGCCGAGUCGGAAGACCACUCUUCCUCUAGCAUCAGCUCUGCUCUCGCCUUUGGUGCUAGCAGUGCUGAUUCCAGUUCCGAUUCGGGCAGUGGACGAUGGGGCUGGGGAUGGGGUAAGAAGAAGCAGAAGAAGGACAAGAAAUCUUCUGUUGCCGAUGCUGCCUUGGCUGCUGGCGCUGGUGCUCUUGGAGGCGCGGCCUUGGCCUCGGUGGCUCGCCGCCGCGAUAGCCGACCUUCAAGCAGUGCUGGUAGUCUUCAACAUGUCUACCCCGUCCCUACAUCUGACCCUAGCCGGUUUGGUGUUGCCAAGAUGUCUCCGUCUGUUCUGUCCAACGACCAGACACCUCUCGUUCGCCCUGGCCCUAUCCCUCUCCAGCAACCCCAGCCUAUCACACCUGUUUCCCAGGCCGUAUACAGCACCCAGGGCAGAUUGCCGGGAUCAAUUCCUGCGUAUAGCGCACCGGCUGCUGUUCCUCCUAUCUUUGCCAAUGAAUACGACCGCUAUGGACCCCAGUAUCAAGGCUCUCGCGAUGCGGCCUGGCGCCCGGAAGAUGCUAGCUAUGUCGAGCAUCGCCAGCCGCAUAGAAGCAACUCUUCUCCCGUGUUCCCUAUUCAGGAGAGCUCUGUCUCAACACCAAAGCGCCGCUCUACUAUCAAGGACCAAGCUUCUGUGUCAUUCAACCUGACGGAAGAACAGGCGGAACGCGAGCGCCGUCUCAGUCUCAGUAGACGUGAGACGGAACCACGGGAUGAUUUCAGGGACGAGCCUGUCCAAUUGGUUGAUCGGGAAGAAGAAUUGGCUCGACAGGAAUCUGAGCGCCGUGAGCGUGAUCGCGAGCGUCGUCGCAAGGACAGAGAGGACGAGAAGCGCCGAAUUGAUAGUGAGAAGGAGAAGGACUCCUCCAAAUGGGUUGAAGCAGCUGCAAUCGGUGCCAUAGGUGUUGCUGCUGCUAGCUCAAUGAUGUCUCACAAGAAGGACGGUGAACUCGCAUCGGAAGCUAGCUCCAAACGUCGCGACGCCCGAGAGCGACGUCGCGCUGAGCGCCGGGCUGAAUCAUCAAUCGUUUCCAAGUCUGAUGUUGUUGAGCCUGUUGAGGUGAAGCAGACGCCCGUGGACAACACAGACUACCGAGACACGUCCUCUCCCCAACGGAGCCCUCGCCCAGCCCAGGUAUAUGACGACUAUGCCGAGUUCUUUGCGCCCGAAGAGCUGCGACACAGUACUGUCGAGCAUUCGGGCCGGCGUGGGUCUGGUGAUUCCAACGAUAAACCGGAGAUCGUUGAAGUUGUUCCUGCCAGUGAACGCGAGAAGGAAGAGGCCAAGGACGAGCCCACCGACCUUCCCCAGUUCGGUCCUGAACCUUAUGAAGAUCGUGAUCAUCUACCGUGGCCGGUUCCACGGCUUAACUUCAUUGAUCCUACUCCUCCCCACAGUAUCAAUGGGUCUGCUCUCGGUAUUUCAUCGCCCAUUGUGGGACCCCAAGAAUCUCGUGAUGAAACCCGAGAGGUGGCCCGUGAAGAACCCCGUUCAGAGCCUCGCCCAGAGCCCCAUGUGGCUCGCGGUGAAGAAGAGGCCAAGCCGCGUGAACGGCCUACGACCGGCUCUCGGGUGUCCUGGGGACCUCAUUCAACUCACGAGUACGAGGUUCCCUCUUCUUCCGAACCCGAGUUCUCUCCUACACCCGAGGACUUCCAAGACAUUUCAAUCGAUUUCCCCGAGAAAGAGAAAGAAAAGUCAAAGGGUGCCGGCAAGGCUGAUUUCGGCGAUGAUAUCGAGUUUGCUGCAACGGUCGCUGCCGCAACCGAAGCAGCUGGAUUCGAUCCAUCCUUUGUGGUCGAUGACCCCAAGUAUCACAAGCGUACUUCUCCUCCCGGGUCGGAGGAUGAAGGGACGUUCUCGCACACCUCCAGAUGGAACGCUGAGCGGGACCAAUCCCACGGCUUCGUCGAGGGCGAAAUUGAAAGCCCCGAGCGGCCUAAGUCCAGAGAUGUUGAUACAUCCAAGCAUAUCAUUGAUCAAGAUCCUUUCUACGCCGAGCCCGAAUCUUUCACCAAAGAUAAUGGCAAAUCAUCAUCCAAGCGUCGGGAAGGUAGCUCAAUUGCCGGGGAAGCUACUGAGAAGCUUAAUGGAAAGCACGCAAGAUCCAGUUCUCCCGAGAACGACGUGCUCUCUAUGCCAGGCGGCUUUGACAGCUUUGAUACCUCUCGAGAGAUUGACGCGCGUGAUGACACUCGCUCUGUUUUCUCUGCCCCUCCCGUAGGAGAAUCCGAGAGGAAGUCCAAAUCCAAGAAGUCUCGUAGCGGUGACGAUCUUGACUUGUCUCGUGAUUUGCCUGGCGAAUUGUCCCGCGACUUACCUCGUGAUACUGCUUCGCCAACUCUUGAAGACGCUGAAGUCGACGACAAGGAGAAGAAACGCCGGAGGCGUCGCUCAAAGCAGGAUAGCGAUACGUUCUCGAUCGAUGAUGAUGCUAGAUCCGCCAUCACCUCAAUUGAAGAUAUCGAGAAGUCUGAGCGCCGAAAGCAUCGUUCCCGAUCAUCGCGGGACUUUGAUGAUACCGUGUCCAUCUCUUCUUCUCCCGCCAAGUUUGACGAUGCCAAGGCCCCCAGAACUCCUUCUGAGGACGACGAGAAGUCCGAACGUCGCAAGCAUCGUCGCUCGAAGCCUGAUAGUGACACAUUUUCAGUGGACGAUGACGCUAGAUCCACUGUCACUUCAAUUGAAGACGGUGACAAAUCGGAGCGUCGGAAGCAUCGCCGCUCCAAGCGGGACAGUGAUACCUUCUCGGUCGACGAUGACGCCAGAUCUGCCAUCACUUCAAUUGAUGAUCUCGACAAGUCCGAGCGCCGGAAGCAUCGUUCCCGAUCAUCGCGGGACUUUGACGAUACCGCGUCCAUCUCCUCUUCUCCUGCCAAGUUUGAUGAAAUAGGGGAGAAGCGACGCAGUAAGGAUGACAAGGAGAAGGACAAGGGCCCCCCCGGUGGAUUGUUCCGGAGUCUCUUUGGCUCGCGGGCCUCAGAGCCAACGCAGUCACGAUCCUCCCACCGGUCCUCCUCCCUGGACAAGCGCCCAUCUCGCGAGGCCAUGUCCGAAGCUGGAGUUGAUGAUGAAGGGCGCCGCCGCAAGAAGAAGCAUCGCAGCUCCAGUGGAGGAGAUAGCUUGGUUGAUUACGGAUCGGACAAGGAGUCUGUCCGGAGUUCCCGGAGUGAGGCGAACCUGGAGGAGUACAGAUCCAGCAGACAGAAGAAGGAAGAGCGUCGUCGACACAAGUACGAGGAUAUUGUUGAUUCGGGGAGACGUCGGGAAUCUGAGAAGGACGCAAAACCUUCCGACUAUAAUGAAGACAGCGACAAGUCUUUUUUAGGGGAUCGCCCCGAACUACCAGCCGCGGCUGAGCGCGACCAAAGUGGUGCUUCGGGGUUUGAAGACUCGGCGGAGAAAGGAGUAGCUAUCGCUGCUGGCCUAGGAUUGGGAGAGGAGAUCCUACACCAGCUAUCUCGAAGCCGGUCUACCUCCCCUCCCGCCGCUGAGAAAGCUCUAGACCUAGCCCCGAGGUCCCACAGUAGACCAUCAUCGCCGGAAAUAGUCCGCGAUAGGGACGAGUCUCCUAGGGGACGCCGUCCAUCUCUGGCUCGAUCGGUCACCGAGUCUCCUACAGCAGUGCCAUUGCACUUCCGCCGUCCGCCAACUUCCCCAGGUCUGUCGCGCGCAGUCCCUGUUAGUGGAUCUCCGACUGCUGCCACUGUCUCACCCGGCUCACCCACCCAGCCUCGCCACCGCCGCUUAAACUCCGUUGAGUUCAGAAACUCUCGCGAAAUCCGUCCUCUGUGGCUGGUCGAACGCCAUGGAGCAGCCAAGGGCGAGACCGCCGAAGCCGACGAGCCAUUGCCAUCGCUUCCAUCCAGCAAGACAUCCUCCCGCGCGCCGUCGAUUGAAGACCUCCGAGCACUCAAUGAUGAAGACGCCAUUCAAAGCUGGGAUGCAGUUGACUUCAAUCAAUCCCUGUCCGAGAAGCGCCGACCGGCUGGUCUAACCAUCUCAACUGAGCGAGCCAACGAAGAAGGCGAAGCCGACCUACUUGAUUCCCAGCAAGUAACCCCGACAGCCGCGGGCUAUGGUGCGGAUGCAGCAUCCGCCAAGAAGGAAAGGCUCAGCUACGAAUUCCAUUCUCCUUCCGAACUUCUUCAGGAUCCCAGCGCAUAUCUGGACAUGCCUCCUUCGCCUACCAUGGAGGCUCUUCCUUCAGCCGAGGGGUCUGUAAUUGGAUUACAGGAUUCCAGCGAAGAUAAUGGCCAGCAACAGACAAGAGACCUUGAUCUGCAGCAGACCGAGUCUCAGAAGGAGGUCGGUACACCUACGCAAGAAAAGUCAUUCUUUGACAAUUUCGGGUCCGGAUUCGCCGGUGUUGUCGGUGCGGCUGCUGCUGCUGCUGUCACAGGAGGCAAGAAGCCCGCUCAAACGGGUGACAAGGAACCCGCAAAGCCUGCUGCGGAGAUUACUCCUACCACCACUGCUCAAUUCGGAGGAUUUGGCGAUAUUGUCGAUGCCGCCGUUUUCAAAAAGGUUUCUCAUGGCAAAGGCCCUGUCGAUGAAGAGCUAGGAGAGCCUGGAACUGCCGUUGAAGAACAGCCCUCGCAGCUGGAAUCUAGCAAGGAACUUGCUCCUGAGACAACGGGGCCAGCUAGUGAGCCUGCUCAGCCACAAACAGAGGAGCCGCUCGUCGAGGAAGUUGCCACUACAUCUUCUUCUAAGAAGAAAAAGAAGAAGAAGGGGAAGAAGGGUCAAAAUCAGAGUGUUGACGAGACUCCUUCUGAGCCUGCACCGCUUUCUGAAGAGCAGGGCCUUGCUGUGGAAGCAACUGAAGGCGAGGCACGUUCUAUUGAGUCGGAAGCUGCCCAUGCUACCGUGGAGCAAGAUACAACUGUUCAGCCUGAGCCGGAAGCUGAACAGGCACUGGUUUCUAAGGAAGUUGAAGCCGAGACUUUGCCUGCUGAAGCUGCCGAAAGUACUGAAGCCAUCACAACUUCUGAGCCUGAAGCUUCUGCUGCCCUUGCCGAGCUCGAGCCCGUGGAGCCAGUUACCAUUCGCGAGAGCCAGCCCGAGCCAGCAACUUCUGAAAAUGUUUCCACCGAGUUUGAGGCUCCUAUGACUGCAGCUGAAAAGCGGAAGGCCAAGAAGGCGGCUAAGAAGAAGGCCAAGAGCAUCUCUUCUGCAGACGAGAUUGGCAGUGCAGCUCAGCCAUCUUAUCCUGCUGUUCCCUUCGAAGAGACCCAGGUCCAAGAAGAAAAGGGGAUGCCACAGGAUGUCAGUCUUCCUGAGGCUCCUAAGAGCGAACAAGGUGACUCCGAGUUCCACGACUCUCGCGAAACUGCAGAGACCGUGGAGCCAGCUCCUUCUGAAUAUGUGAGCAAGGAACUUGAAGAGGCAGCCUUGGAAGCACAAGAUAUUGACUUGCCUCAGUCUGCCCCUACGGAACCCGUUGAAGAACCUCAGACCGUGGAGCAGAUCUUUGAGACAUCGGAGGAAGUCACUCCUACUCCCGCAUCCGAUGACACUCCAGCGGAGAAGACUGGCGAGGCAGAUGAGGACAACUUCCAGGAGGCCGUUGAGGAGCAGGCCGAACAAGCGAAAGAGCUUCCAUCCGAAGCAGCUGGCGGCAUCACCGAAACCACCAUCCCAGUCGAGCCACAGCAGACUGAGCCAGUAGCAUUAGCCGAACCCGAGCCUGAAGUUCCAAUGACCGCUGCGCAAAAGAAGAAGGCCAAGAAAGACAAGAAGAAGAACCGCAAAUCUGUCUCCUUCGACGAGGCAGAAACGUCAACUGAGCCAAAUUCUGCUGCGGAUCCUGAGCCAGAGGAGACCAAGGAUCUUGAACCUGAGCAAUCAACUUCCAGCGAGCCUGUUGAUACUCAGGUUCCUUUGGCGGACGGUGAGACACAGUCUUCUGGUCCUGAAUUAGUGGCCAAGGAUGCAUCCGAACUACCCACUGAAGAGGCUGUGACUGCUCAAGAACCAGAGUUUGUUCCUUCGGGUGAUGUCGAGCCAUCAACAACUAUUGAGCCGGCUGAGCCCACUGAGCCCACUGAGCCCAUUGAGCCCACUGAGGAAAUGCCAGAGCCUCCUCUUGCUGAGCCCGAACGCGCGCCUGAGGCCGAGCCUGAAUUCCCUAUGACUGCGGCGCAGAAGAAGAAGGCUAAGAAAGACAAGAAGAAGAAGAAGGCCAACCAGAGUAUCUCUUCUAUCACUGACGACGAAAAGCCUGCCGAACCCGAGUCUGCGGACUCUCAGCCCGAGGCCGAGCCAGCACUUGAGGCCACUGCUGCUCCUGAUGCCACUCCAGAAAUUGCUUCGGCUGCCGACGGAAUAGCAGCGGAUGUGGCUUCUCUGAAAGAAACCAAGGAGCUUCCAGUUGAUUCCGAGCAGCCGCAGGAGGAGCCAAUUGCUAGCCCUACCGCAGAUGCUAGCGAAGAAGCUCCCGUCCAAGAUGCUGUUGCCGAGCCCUCGGAAGUGCAGCCUGAAGCGCCGCGAGAAAUGCCCAUGGAGGAGGUCCCCGCUGAGCCUGAAUUCCCUAUGACUGCAGCCGAAAAGCGGAAAGCCAAGAAGGCGGCUAAGAAGAAGCAGCAGCAGCAAGGAAGCCUGAGCUCUAUUGCCGACGAGACGCCUGCCGCUGAGACUACCUCUGCUCCCGAGGCUGAAGUAAUUGACACAACUAAGGAUAUUGAGGCUGCUCCCGAAGCCGAGAUACCAGUUGUGGAAGAGGUUCCUGCUCCCGCAACUGAGACUGAAGCUGUUGAGCCCGCCAGUGACGUCCCCGCCCCGGCUGAUGCUCCUCAGGAAGAAGAAGAAGAAGCGGAGGCCGAAUCUUUUCAGACCGAACAGCCCAAGGAGGAGGAUUCGACCCUAGCUGCUGCUGUCGAGACUGUUCCUGAAAUUGUGGAGCCUGAACCCUCAAGGGAAGAACUGGAAGCUGCUUCUCCCACGCCAGAUGCACCAAUGACUGCCGCGGAGAAGAAGAAGACCAAGAAGGCCAAGAAGAAGCAGCAGAGGCAGUCCGUGGAUUUCGAAGACCAGACUGUUUCCACCGAACAGCAGGAUACAGAGAAUACUGAGGAUCCUCUUCCAGAGACCGAGGCCGCAGUUCCUGAACCUACAACAACAGAGGCAGAAAGCGAUUCUAAGGCCGAAGCCAAGCCUGGCGACGUGGAAGGCCAGGCCGCUGCUGAUGUUGAGAAGGAUGCUACGGCGGAGCUGUCUACCGAGGAUGCGCCAAAUACCUCUGAACCAUCGCCUGAGACUACUGCAGAUGUCCAAACCGUGACUGAAGAAGCUGUAGCCGAGGCUGCACCCGUCGACACUCUUGCGGAAACUACCCAGGAGAAGAACAAGGAUGUUUCUGCGGAGGGUCAACCCACAUCGGACCAGUUACUUGGCGAUAAGGCUGUUGAAAGUACUCCCGAACAGCCUACCGAUGAACGGGCUAUAUCUGAAGAGGCUGCACCGGAUACUACUGCAAUUGAAGAGACAGCAACUCCCGUUUCCGCGGACGAUGCACCUACAGAGGAGAUUGAGGUUCCUAUGACCGCUGCUCAGAAGAAGAAGGCUAAGAAAGACAAGAAGAAGCGCCAGUCUCUUGCUCUUGCUGAAGAGUCCCAGCUUGAACCCCAACCUGAGCCAGUCAAGGAAGAGCCUGUCGAGCCUGCCGAGUCUGCCGAGCCAGCUUCCGCCGAGGGUGCUUCUGCCGAAGCCGUUGAAACCACCCCUUCCACAGAAAACGUCGAAGCUUCUGUUUCCGUUGAGGAACCUGCUCCUGAAGAGGUCACCAAAGAUGAACCCAUGCUCGAAAACCAGGUCGCCGAGUCCGACGCGCCGGUUGAGCCUGAACCUGAGCAGGAGGUCCCAAUGUCUGCGGCGCAGAAGAAGAAAGCCAAGAAAGAGAAGAAGAAGCGACAAUCUAUGGGUCUGGAGGAGUCACAACCUGAGCUGCAGCCCGAACCGACGAAGGAGGAAGAGGCCACAGGGCCUACGUCCGAGGAGCCUGCCUCUACCGAGAACGCUGAAGCUGCUGCUGUCGAAGAGCGAGUUCCGGAUGAAAUCACCAAAGACCAGCCAGCUCUUGAUGAGUCUCCCCCUAAGGAGCCCCUCGCUGAAGAGCCCUUCGCUGAGGCAGAGGCCACAACCGAGCCUGAGACUGAGUUUGAAGUCCCGAUGACUGCAGCCCAGAAGAAAAAGGCCAAGAAGGAGAAGAAGAAGCGCCAGUCUAUGGGGCUUGAAGAGCCACAGCCUGAGCCAGUUAUUGAAGAGCCCGCUGACGUUGCUCCUAGUGAGCCUGCUGAGACGCCUGCAUCGACCGGAAACAUUGAAGCUGUCGAUGAGGCAGCUCCGGAGGCUACCAGAGAUGUCGCGGCCCUUGAUCAGCCCGUCUUUGAGUUCGAGACUCCAGCGGAGCCUGGCAGCCCAGCCGAAGCCGGGCCUGAAAUCCCAAUGACCGCUGCGCAAAAGAAAAAGGCCAAGAAAGACAAGAAGAAGCGCAAGUCUGUUGCCUUUGAGGAUGAAGCUCAGCCUGAACAAGAAGCCUCUACUCGCGCCGAAAAUGUCGAAAACCAGGACCAGCCAACUGUUGAUGCUACUUCCAGCCAAGAAUUGACGGAGACUCUCGUUGAUACCGAGCAACCCGUCGAGUCAUCUACAGAAAAAGAUAUUGCCGAGCACGAGACAAGAGUUGUGGACACGACCGAAAAUGUCCCAGGCACCGAGGAGCCUGCUACCCCUGAAGCUCCAGUCAACGCGCCCGAGUUUGAGCCCGCAAUUCAGCCCGACGAGAAGGCCGAGUCUCCCGAAGAGCCUUCUCAGACUGCCGAAGACGAAGAAACACUGGAUUGGGCCUCAUUGUCGGCCAAGGAGCGCCGCAAGCUCAAGAAAAAGGAGAAUAAGAAGGGCAAGUCCGUAGACUUGAGUGAAGAAGUCUCUUCUCCUUCUACUGAGGCGCCCCAGGAAACGCAGGAGCCUGACAGCGAAGCUUCCACGCCAGAGAGAAUCGAUGUCUCCUCGCCGGCCGACAAGGAUAUUGCAAACGCUGAGGAAGACCAGUCCCCCAAGACUAUUGACGCCGAGGUCUCCGAAGAAAAGAAUGUGGGAGCGGAGAGCGAUCCCGCCGAGACAGCCGAACCUGAGAUGACCACCAAGCCCAAGGAUGACGAAACGCCCGCCGCAGAGACCGCAGCUGAGCUCGAGCCUGCCCCAUCAAAGGAAUCAGAGGAACCUGAAUCUGAGGCUGGCCUAUCGGCUAAAGAGCGCCGCAAGCUGAAGAAAAAGGAGAAGAAGCGCCAAUCAAGGAACCUCGAUGUUGACGACAAUCCUCCCGAAACCGAAUCGGCACAAGACUCGCCUGUGCCCGAGACUGCCCCCAUCGAAUCUUCGCCUGCCGCCGAUGAAAUCGAGAAAUCAUCCUUAGACAAAUCGGAUACAUGGGAAAUCACUGAACCCGUGACGGCACCCUCGCCUGCGGAGAAUGACGGUAAAGAACAUCAGUCCCACGACAUUGAAACGCCCAACACACCGGCUCAAGAUUUGGCUUCGACUGAUGAGUUCUUAUCUUCGCAGGUAGAGCAGCCGCAGUUAGAGAGUCCUUCUUCAGAUUAUCCUCCCCAACCCGUGCUUGAGCGUUCAAUUGAUUUUGGCGAUGCGCAGAAAGAGAAGGAUGCUGUUGGUCCUAUCCGGGAGGAGGAGGUCUCGAUCGUCAAGGAGACGCCAACUGGUGAUAUUGAAGGUGACUUGGAACACCCGGGGGUAAGUGCCUCGAAGGAUGCGACUGUGGAGGAUACGAAAGUGGGUGACCUUGGAAUUAUGAGUGUGGAGGAGUCGUCAUUACCGAAUGAAGAGGAGGAUAUUCAGAAGGAGCCCCAACAUGAGGCACCUGGGUCAUCUACUGAGGCUGAAGUGGAUGCCCCUGCAUCUACUGAGCAAGAGCCAUCUACAGAAGAAGCUUCCGAGACAAUUGUGUCUCAGAAACAAAGGAAGAAGGACAAAAAGAAGAAGCAGAAGCUGCAGGAGGAAGAGGAGGUGAAGAUUGAGGAAGAUGUCCCGGUUCCGGAGGAAGCGCCAGCAACUACAGAAACGGAGCAGCCAGAAUACGAUCUUCCCAUCCCUGAGGAAACAGAGACCAAGGAGCUUCCCGAGCCUGAGGUUGCGCCAACUGAAGAACUUGAGACCGCUCCGCUUACCGAGGAGUCUCCGGCAAAACAAGCUGAAGAUGUCGCGUCUCCUACGCCUCAGCCUUCCGAAUGGGCCGAAUCCUCCAAGAACGUCAACCCCAUUGAGGAUGAGCCUGCUACUGAAGAACAACUCGAAGAGGCGCCACUCUCAAGAAAGCUGAGCAAAAAGGAGAAGAAGAAGCAUCGCCAAGCUCUUCUUGCCCAGGAAAAUGUGGAAGAAGCUGCCGAGGACCAGCCUGCUCCUGAACCUACCAAGGCUUCUGACCCUGUUUCUGAACUGGCAGAAGAGGCGGCAGCACCUGCGGAUGAUCAAAAAGAUGACAAGUCUUCUGAUGUAUUCGACAAAACCACAGUGCGGGCCCCUGAUGCUGUUGAGGAUGCUUCGAAGGAUGUGGUUCCAACUGCCAGUCAAGAGGUUGAGCAAGCAGAGCCUGCUCUAGAACGUGCGACCGAAGAGACGGGACAAGCUCCGGUUUAUACUGAAGAGACCCCCACCGAAACUUCAGUGGAGCCUCAAGAGUGGCCUACCGUCACGAGAAAGAUGAGCAAGAAAGAAAAGAAAAAGGCCGCCGCCGUGGCUGCCGCUGCCACUGCCGCGGCUGCUGCUGCUGCAAUUGAGGAAGAGAAGCCUGUAGAGCUGGAGCCAAACCUGGAUAAGCCACCGGUCUCUGAACAAGUUCCCGAGACUUCAAAGGAUGAGGGUUUGGCCGAGGAUUCUCUGCAAACUGGCCCCGAUCCGAGCGCGGAGGUCAUUGGGAAGCCCACCGAGAUAGCUGAGCCACAGACUGACAUUCUUGGGCAAGGAUUGACUUCGAAUGAUGUGGUAGAAGAAUCUGCUCCAGUCGAGCCUAUCUCUCGCAAGCUGUCCAAGAAGGAGAAGAGAAAGGCCAAGAAGCAAGGGAAGGAGGAACCUGCGGAUUCGGCUGCCGAGACUGAACAAUCAGAGGCUGUACCUUCCACCGAGUUGACUGAUACAGAAGAGUCAAGAGAAGUUGUGCCAGAGCCAGAAUUUGCCACGCAGGAUGCGCUGGUGGAUGCCCAUCGCGAACUUGGGUCAGAAAGCAUCGAAGAACCAUCUGCUCUCAAGCCUGAACAAUCCACUCAUGAAACAGAGGUACCGCGGCCAGAGGAAACCAAUGAUGAAGCUGUUGUCUCUCUGGACCCAUUCGAUGCGCUUUCACCCACCGAGCUGCCAGAUCAAGGUACUGAAGGAACUUUAGGUGGUAAUCCCUCCUCCGAAAGGGGACAAGAACAAGAGCAGGAGAUCGAAGCCAAGCUCUGGCGCCAGGCACUUGAAAAGGAAGCUGACCUCGAGGCUGCCGGCGAUUUGUUUGAAGACCGACCUCGAGAACCCGAGAAGAAUGCGCCUCUUUCCAAGAAAUUGUCAAAAAAGGAAAAGCGUAAGGCGAAGAGGGGCAUCGUGGAGGCUCCCCUGGAUCAAGAAGAGGAGCCUGCUCGGGAGCCCAUUUCCGAGGAACCUAAGAACGUGAAGUUGCCACCGCCAGCUCUUGAGCCGGAGGUCGAGCCCGAGACAAUUGCAGAGCCAAAGGCUCCCGUGGAGGCGCAGCCUGAGCCUGAGCUGGAACUUUCCAAGGAUAUCGACCUCACUUCAACUGAGCCUCAGUCUGUCGCCGAACAAAUUACAGAACCCGAGGUAACUGCUCCCGGGUCAGUUUUGGAGGAGCUGGAGACGCCGCUGUCGCGAAAGGCUUCGAAAAAGAAUGCCAAGAGAGCGAAGAAGGCUGCUGCACUUGCUCUAGACGAGGAGCCAACCGCCGAAAUUGCUACCGGCGACCAAGGGGCUGUUCUACUUGAGCCGGAAGAGCCUGUCAAAGCUCUACAGGCCGAUCUCCCUCAACCGACUAUGCGGGAGCUCAAUCAAGAUGAAGAUGAGUGGCCUUCGAUUGAAUGGGAGCAAAGCAAAUUGGAAAAGGCAGAGCCUGUGCAAGAGCAAUUCCCCGAAGCUGAGCCAAUUACUUCUGUGCCCGACGCAGAAACCAUCGGGGAAUUUGAUGAGUUUGCAAUUCCUGCGGCUUUGCAAGAAGCCAAGAAAGAAGCAGAGGAGCCAUUUGAGGAAGAAUCUUGGUCUAUGCCACUGAGCAAGAAAGACAAGAAAAAUGCCAAGAAGAACAAGAGAAAGGCAGAGCAGGCCACUCUGGUAGAGGAAUCUACCGAGGAACGCCCCCACAAGAUGAUUGAAUUGGCCUCUGAUGCCAAGCCAGAGCCAAUGGUGGAAGCGCCAGCCUCUAAGGAGAUCGAGACCGAGCCACCUUCCAGAAGUACCACUCCAGGGGGCUCCAAGAUUGCAACCCUCUUUCCUGGCUUGGAAAGAGGAGGUUUCCGGCGAACGGCCAUGAAAAAGGAUGCCCCGUCGGUAAAAGAUAGUGCUGAGGAAGAGACUGCAGCGGACCUGGAAGCGAAUCGCGACAUCGCGAUCCCCGCCGUCUUGGAAGCACUACCCCUAGCGACCACCGAAGCCAGAGCAAUCGCACAUACCAGCUUUGAGCUGCCUACGGCGAAGGAAGCUGCUUCUACGACUACACGACAAGAAUCUACUGCGGAGCCAGAGCUUCCGGUGUAUGGAAAGCGCUCUGUCGCAGAUGAAUUUCCUUCACCGGAGCAUCCUGCUUCGAAGGAGCGAUCCUCUAUGCUCUUCGGCUCGUCCCCGUCUACUCGGACUGAAGAGGCGUCUUCACCCCGGCACCUCCUGCCCUCGCAAAUGGAGGACGCCCAUGAUUCUCCCAGUGGACUACGCCGGUCACCAUCUGUGAUUCACGGGAAACAUCAACAUACUCCCCGGACGUGGAAUUUGGAAGAUCAAUCCAUGCAAGCCGUGAGCAAUCCAUCUCCGCCGCGGUCUCUCUUCGGGCCAUUCGAGCACGAUUCACUUUCUCGGCCCCGGACUCCACUCGACACGAUUGCGGAGCAAGAACCGGGGGACGGCCAGAAGACGACCACGGCUCGAUCCGGGACGCCCCGUCUGGAAAUCAAACCAGAGCACGUCCUGCCUCGACCGGUGACGCCAGUACGCAAGUUCACGGACAAUGCACUGGAGCGCAAGGCGUGGCCCACGCCCGAAAAUGCAAGUGGCAGCGGCAGCAGCCAGGACAAUCUGUCGAAAAUUUCAAAAUCGCCUUUGCAAACUCCCGAACUGGGAGCGCCAGUGCUGAAACCCAGCAGCAGUAAGGGAAAGCUCCGUCGCACGAAUCGGAGCACUAGCAGCGAUCUGCGGGCGACCAGUCGCGGACUAGACUCUCCCCAGCCACCCUCCGAUCUCGAUCAGCUUCCCUCUUCUUCCUCUUACGAUCCCGUCACCGACAAGGGCAAACGUCCUGUGCGAAACAUGUCGGACGUCUAUGAGGGUUGGGGGGAAACACCCAGCUCCCCGCGGUCGCCCAGCCGACCGCCUAGUGUCCGCCGCCGCCGCAGCAUGCAACACCUUCAAGACCUCGAAGGUCGACUUGAUCAACUCAUCUCUGAGAACCGCUUACUCAUCGCCGCUCGCGAUGAAGCUGAAGAUCGAUUGCGCAAUGCCAGCGUCGGUCGCCGAAAGAGCGAUCGAGCUCUGAAGAGCAGUGGCGCCGACCUGCGCGACAGGGAAGCCGAGGUGGAACAACUCAAGAAUUCAGUGGAAUGGUUCCAGAAGGAGAUGGGCCGUCUGACCCAGGAGAAUGAGGGGUUGGCGGCGUCCAAUGCUGCCCUCGCUGCCGCCCAUGCCGCCGAGGUCAGCCGGGUUCGCGAGACCUCCACGCGCGAACUAGACACCCUACGGUCGCAACAUGACGACCUGUCAUCAAACAUGGACGAUCGGGUCCGACAACAGAUUGAAGCGGCUUUGGCCCAAAAGGAUGCCGAAUUGCGCCGUCUUCGUGAAGAGCUCGAGGAGGCUCGCGAUAAGGUGAAGGAGCUACAACAACAGAUCGCCGCGUCAUUAACCGACAAUGCCCUUGUCUUCCGCGACGAGGAUUACUUCGACGCCGCGUGCCAGAAGCUCUGUGGCCAUGUUCAACAAUGGGUGCUACGUUUCUCCAAGCACUCCGACCACCGUCGCUGCCGGGCUCUGAGUGAGCUGCAGGACGAGAAGAUCGCCGAUCGCUUCGACAAUGCCCUCCUUGACGGCUCCGAUGCCGAUGCAUACCUCGCCGACCGCGUUUGCCGACGUGACGUAUUCAUGUCGGUUGUCAUGACCAUGGUCUGGGAGUACAUCUUUACCCGAUACCUGUUCGGCAUGGAUCGCGAACAGCGCCAGAAACUCAAGUCACUGGAAAAGCAAUUGGCGGAGGUUGGCCCUCGUCGCGCAGUGCAUCGCUGGCGCGCCACCACCUUAACCCUGCUGUCCAAUCGGCCUGCCUUUGCCUCUCAGCGUGAUAGUGAUACCGAAGCAGUGGCUCUAGAGAUCUUUGGCACCCUAUCGCGGGUCCUCCCUCCUCCUUCCCAGAAGGAAUCGCAACUACUCGACUCUUUGCGCAAGGUACUUCGUCUUGCCGUCAAACUGUCUUUGGAGAUGCGCACUCAGCUGGCAGAGUUCAUCAUGCUGCCGCCUCUGCAGCCUGAAUACGACACCAAUGGCGACCUGGCGCGCCAGGUAUACUUCAACGCCUCUCUUAUGAACGAGCGCAGCGGCGAGACCAGCUCCAACGACGAGUUGGAAUCUCAACAGGCCGUCGUGCGCAUCGUCCUCUUCCCUCUCGUUGUCAAGAAGGGCAACGAUGUCGGCGAGGGUGACGAGGAAGUCGUCGUCUGCCCUGCCCAGGUACUCGUUGCCCGCCCCAGCAAAGACAAGCGACUCUCGCGGAUGAUGAGCGGCGACCGCAUGUCGAUUGAUGGCGCCCGCUCCGUCCACAGCGUGGCACCUUCUAUUGCCCCGUCCACGAUGGACAUGAGCAAUGUGAUUUGA